GCUUCAAAAGCUGGAAAAAAAUGAUAGCUUGAAGAUCUAAAAAGGAAUUUUCCCCCCUUUUUGAGUUGAAGGGAGAAAAGAAAAGCAAUGGGGUGUUCGUUUUCAGGGUUGAAUGCAUUAUACGACGCCGUAAACGGCGUAGGGGACGUUUGGAUCAACGACAACCGGUUCAGGAUCGUGAGGCAGUUGGGCGAAGGUGGGUUCGCCUAUGUUUAUUUGGUGAAGGAAGUCGUAUCCGAUUCAUCUUCAGCUUCAGCUACUGGCUUAGCCAAAAAAGUCAAGGACCCUUCUCAUCUUUCUGAUGAUGGAACUUACGCGAUGAAGAAAGUUCUUAUUCAGAACACUGAGCAAUUAGAAUUGGUUCGCGAGGAGAUCCGUGUUUCAUCCUUGUUUAGUCACCCUAAUCUGCUUCCGCUUAUUGAUCAUGCUAUCAUUUCUGUCAAGCCUACACAAGAAGGAUCAUGGAACCAUGAAGCAUAUUUACUAUUUCCAGUUCAUUUGGAUGGAACUCUACUGGACAAUUCGAAUGCUAUGAAAGCUAAAAAGGAGUUCUUUUCUACCUCAGAUGUUCUUCAAAUAUUCCGGCAGCUGUGUGCAGGACUCAAACAUAUGCAUAGUAUUGAUCCUCCAUGUGCACAUAAUGAUGUUAAGCCUGGAAAUGUUCUUUUAACGCGUAGAAAAGGGCAGUCACCUCUUGCUAUAUUGAUGGACUUCGGGAGUGCGCGUCCUGCGAGGAAACAAAUUCGCUCUCGUUCAGAGGCUCUCCAGCUUCAGGAAUGGGCAUCUGAGCACUGUUCAGCACCUUUCCGAGCUCCCGAGUUGUGGGACUGCCCGAGCGAUGCAGAUAUUGAUGAGAGAAGUGAUAUUUGGUCACUGGGAUGCACUUUAUAUGCAGUAAUGUACGGGGUGUCUCCAUUCGAGUAUGCACUUGGAGAAGCUGGAGGAAGCCUGCAAUUGGCCAUUAUAAAUGCUCAGGUCAAGUGGCCGGCUGGACCUAAACCACCAUAUCCGGAAGCUCUUCAUCAGUUUGUGACAUGGAUGCUUCAGCCUCAGGCUGCAGUUCGGCCUCGGAUAGACGAUAUCAUAAUCCAUGUCGACAAGCUGAUCUCGAAGUUUUCAGAGUGAUAUCAUAUGGGGGUGUUAUACAGUGUGGAGUUAGCUGUCUUAGAAGUGUCAUAACUAUUCAACUUAAAUGUUCUGUAAUUUAUUGAGUCCAGAUUUCUACAUUCAUGAUUCGAUUUUAUAGAGAAACCUCAAUAA